UCUCUCUUUAUUGUACGCAACACAUCAACACUUAUUACCCUCUUAAUUAUUAUUCUUUUUCUUUUCUUUUCUUUCUGUUACUCCCCACUCCCUCUUUAUUUCCUCUCCAUCGCCACCUUUUCAACUACAACAACAGCCGACUCUUGCGCUGUAGCCUCGGUUUUUCUCUCUUUUUUUUUUUUUUUUUGGGGUUUCUGAGCUUGAAUUUCUAGUACGACUAGUUUUUAACUUUGGGGUAUGGGAGUUCUCUUCUUUUAGCUGAAACUUAAGGGGAAAACUAAGGAAAGCGGUUUUGGCAGAGGGAAUCGUCCUUUUUGCUUUUGUUUUUGUUUUUUGGUCCAAAAAGAGCUUCUUCAUUAUCUAUCUCUUUGUUUUGCUGGGAGCAUUUCUGACUAUCUUCUUUGUCCUUUUCUAGCUUUGUCACUUAAACACUUUCUUCUCCUUCUUUCAGUCCUCACACCCCGAAAUUUCCUCCUCCAAAUUUUAUACUUUUCCAACUUCCAUUUAAUCUUAUACAAUAAGUAGAAGUAGAAAUAGAUAUGUUUACCAUGGAGGCUUAGCAUUUUUUUUUUCCUUUUGAAUUGAGGGGGAAAAAUGCUGUUAAAGGUCUUAGUUUUUCUUGUUUUCGUUUCAGUUGUUGUAAACUGUCAACAGCCAACUUUCAACGACGAUGUUCUGGGUUUAAUCUUCUUCAAAGCAGGGCUCGAUGACCCAAAUGCAAAGCUCCAAUCAUGGAGUGAGGAUGACAACGAUCCCUGCAACUGGAUGGGUGUUAAAUGUGACCCGACAACUUACCGGGUCACGGAGCUCCACCUUGAUGGCCUAUCUCUUUCUGGUCACGUUGGCCGUGGCUUAUUACGGUUACAGUUCCUCCAAGUUUUAUCGCUUUCCAAUAACAACCUUACAGGACCCAUCAACUCUGAGCUUUCUCAUAUUGGGAGCUUGAAGGUUAUUGAUUUAAGUGGAAACAGCCUGUCAGGGUCGAUCCCUGAUGAUUUUUUUGCACAAUGUGGGUCUCUAAGGUCGGUAUCUUUUGCAAGAAACAAUCUUACAGGUCAAAUUCCUGAUUCUCUGAGCUUUUGUUCGACGCUUGUGGCUGUUAACUUUUCGUCUAAUCAGAUUUCAGGGCAGUUGCCAUCUGGAAUUUGGUUUUUGAGGAGCCUUCAAGCGCUUGAUAUUUCAGGUAAUUUGGUGGAGGGAGACAUUCCUGAAGGAAUUGGAAAUUUGUAUGAUUUGAGACAGAUAGAUUUUGGAAACAACAGAUUCUCUGGUAGGCUUCCGGAAGAUAUUGGAAGUUGUUCACAAUUAAAAUCUCUUGAUUUUAGUGAGAACUAUGUGUUUGGUAGCCUUCCGGAUUCAAUGCAGAGGCUUGGUUCAUGUACUUCCAUCAGUUUACGACGAAAUUCAUUCAGGGGACAAGUUCCGGAUUGGAUUGGAGAGUUGACAAAUCUUGAAAGUUUGGAUCUUUCUGCUAAUAAUUUUUCCGGAAGAGUUCCAUUUUCUUUGGGAAAGCUGCAGUUACUGAGGGAAUUAAAUCUCUCAAUGAACCAGUUUACUGGUGCACUGCCAGAGUCAAUGGCUAAUUGUUUUAACCUUUUGGCUAUGGAUGUCAGCCAAAAUCUGUUAACAGGCAAUGUUCCUUCAUGGAUGUUUAAGAUGGGUGUGAACAGUGCGUUGAUUUCUGGGAACACGCUUAUUGGGAGAAUGGAAAGUCCUUUACUCGCUUCAAGUGUGUCAUCUGAUCAAAGCCUUCAGAUCUUGGAUCUUUCUUCAAAUGCUUUAUCUGGUGAAAUUCCAUCUAACCUUGGGGUUCUUAGCAGCUUGGUCUUGUUUAAUAUGUCCAGAAACCAUCUUUUUGGUUCUAUUCCCGCCAGCAUAGGAGAACUGAAGACCACAGAAGUUAUUGAUUUUAGUGACAAUAUGCUGAAUGGAAGCAUUCCCUCUGAAAUUAGAGGAGCAGUCUCACUCAAGGAACUGAGGUUGCAGAGGAACUUUCUAUCUGGGAAAGUUCCAACUCAGAUAGUGAAUUGUUCAUCUUUAACAACUUUAAUUCUAUCUCAGAACAACCUAUCUGGCUCAAUCCCUCCAGUCAUUGCAAACUUAAGCAACCUUCAGUAUGUGGACUUGUCAUUGAAUGACCUAACUGGAAGCUUGCCAAAAGAGCUAGCAAAUCUUUCUCAACUCAUGUCCUUUAAUAUCUCUCACAACCACCUUCGGGGUGAACUUCCACUUGGGGGCUUCUUCAACACCAUUCCUACUUCAUCUGUCUCUGGCAAUCCGUCAUUGUGUGGUUCCAUUGUCAACCGCUCUUGCCCAGCUGUCCAUCCCAAACCCAUUGUCCUCAACCCUAACUCGUCUGACUCCAUUGGUGGCUCGUCUCCAAAUCACCACCGCAAGAAAAUUGUACUCAGCAUCUCUGCCCUCAUUGCCAUUGGUGCUGCUGCUUUCAUUGUCAUUGGUGUAGUAGCUGUCACUGUUCUCAAUAUCCAUGUCCGUUCUUCUAUGUCACGUGCUCCAGCUGCUCUUCCCAUAUCUGGGGGGGAAGAUUUUAGUUGUUCUCCCACCAAUGAUCCAAACUAUGGCAAACUUGUGAUGUUUUCUGGGGAUGCUGACUUUGAUGCUGGGGCCCAUGCACUGCUCAACAAGGACUGUGAGCUUGGUCGUGGAGGGUUUGGAGUUGUUUAUCGAACAAUCCUUCGGGAUGGGCGUUCAGUUGCCAUCAAGAAGCUGACUGUUUCAAGUUUAAUCAAGUCUCAAGAGGAGUUUGAAAGGGAAGUAAAAAAACUUGGAAAGAUAAGACACCACAAUCUUGUAGCUCUUGAAGGAUAUUACUGGACUCCUUCCUUGCAGCUCCUCAUUUUUGAAUUUGUUUCCAGUGGGAGUUUGUAUAAGCACCUCCAUGACGGGCCUGGCAGAACUUGCCUAUCUUGGCGACAGAGAUUCAACAUCAUUCUUGGGAUGGCCAAGGGUCUGGCCUAUUUGCACCGAAUGAAUGUUAUUCACUAUAAUCUUAAAUCAACUAAUAUUCUGAUAGAUAGCUCUGGUGCACCUAAGGUUGGAGAUUUUGGCCUGGCAAGGCUGUUGCCAACAUUAGACCGCUGCAUUUUAAGCAGCAAAAUCCAAAGUGCACUUGGUUACAUGGCUCCUGAAUUUGCUUGUAAGACCGUGAAAAUAACUGAGAAAUGUGAUGUGUAUGGCUUUGGUGUGUUGGUCUUAGAGGUGAUAACUGGGAAGAGGCCAGUGGAAUACAUGGAGGAUGAUGUGGUGGUGCUGUCUGACAUGGUCAGGGGGGCUCUUGAGGAUGGUAGGGUGGAGGAAUGUAUUGAUGGCAGUCUUCGGAGUAACUUCCCAGCAGAGGAGGCAAUUCCAGUUAUAAAGCUUGGUUUAAUAUGUGCAUCUCAAGUGCCAUCAAAUCGGCCAGACAUGGAAGAAGUAGUUAACAUUUUAGAGCUAAUCCAAUGCCCUUCUGAUGGCCAGGAGGAGCUGGAGUAAAUGAUUAGAGAUUGAGAAAGCAUGAAACUUUGUGUUUCCCGGUGAAGAAGAAUCCAGUUUGUUCUACAGAAACAAGAGUUAAACUGAUUAUGAAGAAAAGCCCUCCCCCGCCCCAUUUUCCGCACAAUUCUUUGUUCGUUCAUGUUGUAUUUUCCUUCGUGCCUUGAUCUUUUCUUUUCACUUUUUUUCCUUUCCUUUUUGGUAUUUUGUUACAUAAAAUUUCACAUACUGGAUCCCUUUUCACCGGCUGCAUAUGGGACUUUGGAUAUUAUUCAAUAUAAGAUAUUUACACCAUCUUUUGUUUCAA